GUGACACUGAUUCUGACGCGGAACACUUAAAUUGUAAGAUUACCCGCUGGUUUUGGAAGCGGCUGAACUAAUUUUGGUCCCAAGGUUAUCUUAAUUUAAAGCUAGUGUUAUUGCUAAUUGUUGUCAGUUGCUUUCUGUGAUAAAUGUAAGUGCAUUGUAUGCGCUAGCUGGGUGCUUAUUUAAGAAAGACUUACUACUUAUUCAGAAUUUAGUGCAUUCGUUAUUGUCGUGAAAAAUGUCCAGUACUGCUUUAACUGCGAUUUCUGUGGCCGUAGGAGUAUUUUUCGUAUUCUUUGGGACGUUAAAGCUUGGUCCAUUAUUUUCUGAUGAGCUUUAUCGCAGUGUGAGAAAAAACUUCAUUAGGAUGUUCAAGACGUUUCCGUUUAGUUCGUUUACUGGUUGGAAUCCGAAUCCUCAUGUAAUUAGACGAGUUUAUGGAACGACUGAAGUUGUCGGUGGUAUUGUACUUGCAGCUUGUUCUGGGACUGCACAGGAUGUUAGCAAUGUUAUACUGCUUAGUCUUAUGCUAUUCCAUCUAUUUAGUAUAUGGCGCGUAGCAGAUGGACUAAAAGAAGCUUCUAAUCUCAUUGUUUUAUGUUUGAUGCUAACAUGCAGGUUUAUUAUACGGAUUCAACUUAUUCAAAAGAAUGACGAGGUGGCGGAAAAUAAUGAAUAUCUUAAGAAUGACAUAAGAAGACGAAUUGUUCUCCUACAGGAGGAAUUGCAGAAAAUGAACACUUUUAAUAAUAAUAAUAAUAGCAGCAACACCAAUAAAACAGAAAACGACAUACACAAAGUAGAAUGAAGUUUAUAUAUUCCAGUUGAAUAAAUCAUGACUUUUUCUCAUUGUAAAGGAUAAUGUCAUUGCAUUUAUUUUGUUGUCCUUUCAUCAAUGUUUUAUUUGUAAUUUAAUUUAAUGCUUCGAUUGUUUUUCUAUGUUAGCCAUAUAUAUAAUCUGAAUAAACUUACGUUUUCAAUAAGUUGAAUACGUAAUCUGUCAAACAAACACGCGAACUUUUGCAUAAACUUCAUUUUACGGGAA